CCUUGUGUGUGCCUAGAUAAACUAACCACAAACUGAAGGUGUAAUCUUACCACACAGUUCACAUGACAGUUUACGUAGUUUGUUUAUCAAAGUUUUAACCUUCAAAUCACCUUGAGUUGUAUCUUAGUUUGAAAGUGGAAGGUUUAGUGCUACUUGUUUAGGACUGCGGACCGUGGUAAGAUGGGCUUGAUAUGUUCAGCUAUUUAAUUGAGAUCACAGUACUAGUAAAAUUCUUUCAGUAAAAUGGCAACCUUUUCACAAUCAACCAUUAACAAGGGAUCUGACAUAGUCCAAGACUUCUUGUGCUCGACCUGUGAAGACAAGAAAUUGGAUAAUACAGCUGAUUUCUACUGUGAAUCUUGUGUUAAGUUUUUCUGUGGGAAUUGUAUUAACCUGCACAGCCAGUUGUUUACUAAACAUGACACUUUUGGAAGGGAACACAUGAAGAAAUGGCCAGUGACAAAGAAAGUGGAAGAUUUUCUUCUGAAAUGCGAUGUCCAUAAAGAUGAAAACCUGAAAAUGUUUUGCGAUGAACACAGUGAGCUGUGCUGCACAAAUUGUGCAUUCCUUAAUCACAGACACUGCCCAAAGGUAACUCUUAUAUCAGACAUAGUAAAAAUCCAGUCCACAGACCUUAAAAAACUGUCUGUUUCUAUCCAAACAAUUCUGGAAGAAAUGAGGAAACUUCAAGGCAACCAAGAAGCUAGCCUUAAGUAUAUGCAAAAUUCAUUUGAUGAGCAGUUACAAAAGAUACAUGAAACUCGGCGAAAAAUAAAUGCAGCUUUAGAUACGAUUGAACAGAAGACACUGAAUGAAAUGAAAGAUACACUGACAAAACUGCAAGCCUCUUGCAAAGAUGAUGUUGACAAAUCUAUCAGUCUUCAGGAUGAAUUGAAACAACUUCGAGAUGCCAUUCAGGACAUAAGUGAUAAAAGCAAGCUGGAACUAUCCUUUAUAGCCACCAGCAAAUGCAAGGACAAAACACAGCAUUGUGAAACCUUUCUAAAGAAGAACUCUCUUCAGGCUAAAGUUUCAGUAACAUUCCAGCCUAACAGUGAAAUUGUACAGUACUUGUCCAAGCUGUCAGGUCUUGGAACGAUUGAACACAGUACCAAGACAUUGAUGGUACAAGAUAAUCCAAACAAGGUAAUCACUGUGCAGGGGAAGUAUGUACACAAUGUGAAAAUAUUAAGUGAUUCAAAUAAAUGCAAUAUAUCAGCCAUCUGUGUCCUCCCAGAAGGACAGGUCCUGGUUAUAGACAAUUGGAAUUACACAAUCAAGCUGCUUGACCAGCAGCACCAGGUGGUGAGUCACUGUAGUGUGACAAAAAGGCCAUUGUAUAUGUGUCAGAUCACACCCAGUGAAUUGGCUGUGACUUUGGGAAGUGGAAGUGAGGUCCAGUUCAUCACAGUCAACAACAGGAAGCUGGUGACAGGAAGGAAGCUUCAGUUACAUCAUGCAUGUGUCGGUAUUGCCUGCCACCAGGAUGACCUGUAUAUUACUGAUCAGACAGCACUCUACAAGUACACGCUGAGUGGGAAACAAGUCAGCAAGAUGUAUGAGGAUAAAUCAGGUUCACAUACAGUAAUGACGUGUGCUGUGAGUCCCACAGGGGACAAGUUGUACAUCACAAACAUCUCCCAUGACAAGGUCCUCACCCUGGCCAGGGAUGGUUCAGUCCUGGCCACCUUCACUGACCCUGCACUAAUAGCACCACGUUUACACGUGACACCUGCAGGCCAGGUGCUGGUAUGUGGAUCCCUGUCACACACUAUCAUACAGGUGGACCAUGAGGGCAGAACGAAGCUGGCUAUUCUUGCUACAAAGGAGGAUGGAGUGGUGUCCCCACAGCCAGUCUGCUACAACAGACACACUGCCUCCAUUAUUGUGGGACUUUAUGACAACAACAGUAUCCUGGUGUUCAAAGUGCAAUAGCAUAACUCUACAUGUAUCCUGAUUGAUGAUUCAGAUUAUUUAUUGCCAUGGAAUUAUGUUGUGCAUUAAAAUAUGUUUGUGUUAUAAUACUACAACAAUGUUAGUAUUAUUACAGAUGCAUUUAUUUUGUAAACAAAUAAUGUCAUUAGUUGAAAGAAUAUAAAGACUUUCUCGGAUCAUAAGAACUAUUAUAGAAUAUAUUACAUUGUUGCAUCUAUAACAAUUGUUUUAUAUUUCUCUUUUACUAAACAUGGUGUCUAGAACUGCUAGACAAAUUUUAGUUCAGAAUAUAAUUUCUGUAAUUUACAUGACAUAAAUAAUAUUUUGAAUCUAUAUAUAGGCUGUCAUUUCUUUUUACAUAAAUUAAAAAAUUAUUCAAGAUUACUGAAAAAAAUAAUCAUUGAAUUUGAAGCAUCAUGAAUGGUUUUGUUUCCUGCGCUGAAAACACAUUUAUUUUGUUAUAUUUAAUUACAUUUCAGCAUUGCUGUCUAAGAAAGGUUUCGAUCUGAAUUAAUAUCCAAUGAAAUUAUGAUAUUUUAUGCAAGUAGACCUAAUUGAAAAAAUGUUCAAUCAGCAUGACCAAUAUGAAAAAUGCAGCAAUACAGGAUUUUGCUAUAAAGAACCCGAUUUUACAGUGUGAAACUAUUUGAUAAAGUUUAGAUAUGUUAAGCAGCUACAGCAGUUUGACACUGUCAAAAUAAAUUAUUUUUGUGUGUGCCCCUUCAUAUUUAGUUUAGUUUAAACCUAUUUAUUUUAGCUCGAUCGCAUAGAAAGCCUAAGGCUUAUUUUAAACACUCUUGAGUCCAUUUCAUGGCCCUAGAAGCAGUACUUGGUAUGUAUUGAAAAGAUCUUAAGAACGCUCCUACGAUGGAGAUCGAACCCGUGAACUCCCGGUCGCUAGGCAGACACCAUGUCCAUUACGCCAAGGCGACCCUUUAUAUUUGCCAGAGCGUUUAUAUGUGCAGGCUGUGUUAUCAUAUAUAAAAAUUAGUAUUAUAUUGCAUUCUGCGCACUGGUAUAUAUAAUAGCAGGUUGUUGUUCCUCAUUGUUCCUAAUUUACAUUCCAACAUAUUGAACUACCUAUUUGACAAACGCCAGCAUUCCGGCUGCAAUUGUGGCAUCUCUGUAAAUGCAAUACAUUACAUCUUGCAGGUUAUCAAGGUCAGUGCGCAGUUAGCGGGUUUACAAGUUCUGUUGACAUUAUCCUAUUUGCUUGACAAGAAAUUUCUUUAAAAAAGAUUUAUGACUAUACAAUGAUUAUCAUGCGCUGAACGCAGGAAAUUUAUGUUAGACAUUUAAGUAAUUAACAAUUGUGUCACCAGUGCUAGUUUUCCCAGACAAAUACCAUUCCAUUUAGAUAAGUUGUGUGUGCCUGGAAUUCAUCUAUAUAUAUAUAUAUAUAUUUGUUGUUUGUUUUCUUCUCAUUUGUUUAAGUACAUUCACUUUAAUUUAUUCUGAAAAAAGUAAGAUUUCUUUGGGUUUUUCUUCUACAAAAUUGAUUGCUAAAAUGAGUCAACUGAAAACAACAAUAAUACCUGGAAUGAAGAUUGUAUUUUAUACCUUUUUCUUACUUUGUUAAAGCAAUUAGUAAUGACACUAUUAUCGUUUGUGCAUUUUCUUGUACACUAACGCUUUAUGCAGACAUCAAUAAGUAAACUAAUACUAAAUGUCUUGAAUAAUUGUGUAUAUAAAUUAUGAUAAUGUCAACUUUUUCUAUACGUGCUCAUAUGAAAACACCAUAUUUUGGCAACCAGUGGGCAGAGUCUAAACUUUGCGCGUGAUGUCACUCAUCUACUCAUACAUUCCAUACUGGCCGCUCAAAGAGUAAACAAUCAUGUUAGAAUAUUCCUUGAGAAAAUCCUUCAUGAAAAAUAAUAGAUUCUACAGGAUUUUUUAACUAGACCUAUUACAGAUCCGUGAUAAUGCAGUCUCAAUUAAAUUUUAAAACAUGGUUAUCAUAAAAUAUUAAUGUUCUAGAAAAUAUAUAAGCCUUUUUUCUUGACAAACAAGAAAUUUAUAACUUGCGUAUCACAACGUCAUUAAAUGAUAUGAGUUCUUGUGCUCGUUCCCAUUUUGGGCAUUUCUGCUGUGCUCUAUAAAAUUUAUCAGCGUUUUGCAAAGAAAUCUGUAAAAUAACGAAAACUUAUCACUCAAUAUAAGAAAAUGACUGCAAUCUAUACAUUUAUAAUUUAUAUUGCUUUGUCAACUUGCUAUCAUAACAUUAACUUCAUAUAAUUUUAUAUAUACAGUACAGUUCUUUAAAUUUUGCCUAUUUAAAAAAUAAAAUAUGAAACUGUGUUUUAUUUUUUAUAAAUCUACAUGCUAUGGAAAAUAUACUCAUAGUAUUUAAACAAUAUUUCUAGAAUGUUCUUCUUCAUACAUUGAAUACCUAAGGACAAUGUUCUAAUCAGCUCCAAUAUCUUUUUGUAAAGGUGCGUCUGAUCUCCCCCUUUUUGUAAAAUAAUGGAAUAAACCAUGCAGCGUACUUGAUUUGAUAGCAAUGACAAAUAGAAUAGCAAUAUAAAUAGCGUUUUAGGGAUAGUCUUUCAAAACUAUACAGUUUAACCAAAUGAUUCAUAGCCAUUAUCAAGGGCCAUUUUUGUUUUUUUGUGAACCUUGUCAUUUAAAUUAUAAUGUUUCAUUCAUCAUUUUUGUCCUUCAUUGAGAUCUGCAGUGUGUAUUCCCUAUUUUCUAAAGGUAUUUUUCUCCUCUGUCAUGGAUUUUCCCCCAUAAUUGCCUUUAUAUUUAACAAUUAAAAACAACUACAUUUGUAAAUAUCUUAAUGAAUUCAACACUCAUAAUGACUUAACUUUUGGUUAAAGAAUGUAGUCAGACAUAUAGACUUUUACGUUGCUACGCAUACAUGUUUCAUAGGUCAUUAUUCCAAGAUUGCUUAAAAUGGAGAAAAAAAUUCAAAUCUCUGAACAAUGAGAAAUCAAAUCGAAUUCAAGACGGACAUAUUAUAAAUAAUAGGGGUUAAUAAAAUGCUUGUGUCUGUCAACAAUGAAGAAUACUUCUUAGAUACAAACAAUAUUUAUAAUAAAUUUAAACAGUGAAUGAAUGUCUGAUAAAGUUAAUGUUUGUUAAUUGGAGUUCACCCUUCUCUCAAAGAUAAAACAUUUAAAAUGAUUAGUGCUGCAACCAUACGCCCAAAACCGUACUGCAAUAUAUUGUCAGUUAAAAACCCGUAUUGCAAUAUAUUGUAAUAUAUUGCUUACUUGUACCAGAAUUAUAACUCACCAGAUAAUCACCAAAAACAACUUAAUUACAUGAACAUAACCUUUGUAUUGUAUGUUUAUUGUGUUGUUAAACAACACUUUUUCCCUUAAAAUUGUCUAUAAAGUCAAACUCGGUGUUCGUUUGGUCUGCCAUUUUGAGAACUAUUAUAAAAGCCAACAAGAACAAUAAUAACCCGAAAGAGAAUUGUUGAUGUUUAAAAGACGGUCGUGUAACUUAUCAGAAUAUUGUUACGUAAAAAAUAUUGAUCAUUAUUCCAUCUGUUCAUAAUAACAUCAAUUUAUAUUUGUCAUUAUGUAAUUAAUUGUGUUUUAUUUUCCAAUUUCCAUAAGCUUCAUCUUAAAUUUUACAGUAUGACAUGUAAAAGCAGAUCGUAUCGCAAUACAAUAUGCGGAUUGCGUAUUGCGAUAUAUACUGAUAUACUGAUAUAUUGUAGCAGCUCUAAAAAUGAUUAUCAUUGUAAAUGGGUAAAGACAAACAUGGUUUCAUUUAUAUGUAAGUUUAUCUGAUUAUAACCAGAUUCAUAUUCAUAUUCUGCUGUAUAAUGUGUGUCACUCUGUACUGUAGUAGCAUGUUAGUGAAAUUGAUGAUUUUAAAAUGUAUAAAUAUUAAAAUAUAAUAAGUACAUUGAACAAUAAAACUUAAGUGUGAA